AUGGCAUUCGACAAACCCGAAACCAAAGACGAAUUCGAAUCACUACCCAUGGCGAUAUCGGCCGAGAAACCAGCGCGACGAGCAUGGCUGCGUCCUGCGAUAUUCUUGACCAUGGCACUGCUAGUCCUAGCAGUCCUCACCAACACGCUUGCCAGUGGGUGGUCCAUGAGAGAGCCACAAACCGGGCCCGAUCCACCGGCGAGCUGCGGCACUUCCGCUGCUACGGCAAAGGCACGAGGAUGUAAAUACGACAUCAUGAUGGCUGCGUGGCUUCCCCCGGCCUGCUAUUACCAGGAACGUUCCAAGGAAUUUCUGCUGGAGGAGCAGGAUCAGUGGUAUCGAGACGCCAACCUCACUACACCCAUGACUCUCGACGAGCUAAGGCUGGGAGACUAUGGCACAGCCUUCACUCGGUCAAAGUUUCACCUCCGCCAUUGUAUCUACAUGUGGAUCAUUUUGCUGGAUGGCUUGAAGGACAAACGAUUGGUCGAUUCUGACUCCCUCAGCGCGGAACAUGUCCGACACUGCGCCAAUCUGCUUGUGGAUCCGCAUGGGAAAGGAGGCCUCGGGGGGCUUGGCGCGUACAGUAGGAUCGAUAUCAGUAUACUAGAAUGUGGAUCUCCAUGGUGA